CAGUGUGUGCGCAGUAGGUCGGUGCGCAGUCAUGGCAAAUAAGGAUGAGUAAGUGGUGGGUGGGGAAUGAGUGAGGAUGCCAUAUAUUUGCAAGGUGCUCGGCACUUUUUCAAUGUGCCUGGAGAGACAACUUUGUGUGUGUCGUUCACGGGUCAAAGCGCAUUUAUGUUAUGCAAAACACGCGUCGCGUCCGUGAGUGAGCGAGCAAUGAGUGAAUGAUACAUUCCCACAUAAUCGAUAUCUAGAGGAAAAAAGUGCGGCAGCAAUAGGCAACGGGGCAGGCAGGCAGGCAACUUGAAGUCACUCACCGACCCACCCACCCAUCAUCCCACCCCCCAUUGGUCCAUCCAUCCAUCCAUCCCAGCAUCAGUCGACAAAUACAUACCCUCGGCUCAUUCUUCAUCCUUGCCCCCACCACGCAGUCUCUCUCCCCGCCACUGUCAGAUGCACACACAGAUGCCCCACACACCACACACCGUUCCAUCCCGCUCCCCCUGUGGUCUGGUCUCUCUCUGUCUUCAUGUCACAGAUCACAUCCGAAUGCCGAACUCUAUGUCGCCUAGCCUGGCGACCUCUCGUGCGAGGGUCUCCGGCACAUGGAUGGCGUUCAGGUGAGUCGUGAACUCACUCUCGUCCGUGAGCACCUCCCUCAGUCGCCCCAGCAGCCGUCGCGUCUCGUCCAGCCCCUCACACCGCACCAGCGUCGGCUGCAGCAUCUUGCAUAUCGCCACGGCCGUCACGAACAGGGUCACCUCUCCGUCCAGAAAGAACGUGUCCCACACGAUACUCGCCAGGUCCAAUGGCAGCACUUUGGCGUAGAGGGUCAAGAACCACUCGAGCAGAAACAUCUCCACAGACAGGUCGAUGGCCUCCCAGUGGCGGUGCAGAUCGGGAAGGUUGGCGUACAGCAGCGAAGCGAAGAUGCGGUAACGGCGCGACAGGUGGGCGGGGUCCAUCUGGUAGAGGCCCAGCAACGACGGCCGGUUGAGCAGGUUGCACAGGCAGAUGAAGGCCGGCAGCGGCUGCAUGAAGAUCAGCAGCAUCGCUGCCAAAUAAGACAUCCCCUGCACGUACCCAAUGUCCGGCCUGAUGGACACAUCAUCACAACACAACACAACACAAAACAGAGAGAGAGUCUCCCCAACCACUCACACCCCAGUCCAUGCACACGUCAGGCACCGCACUCACCUGUAGAAUGUCCAGGCCUCCAGGAUGUCCCUGCAGUGGUCGUGCAGCGGCCCCGUCUGGUGGAAAAAGGCCAGCGUGGGAAAGGUCCGCGGCAGGUCGAAUGGGAUGCAGUGAAUCGACGCCUCCUUCCCCCCGCCGCCCCCGCGGCUCAUCACCACCAGCCCCUCCCCCUCCCCCUCACCAUCCCGCGCACGCACACGCGCCCGCCUGGCCUUCUGCAAAUGGAUGUCGAACAACUCUGGGGUGAUUCGCAGAGCGUUGCCGAGUGCCAGUGGCCACACGAUCUCGCGGAUCUUGGGAGGGAGGCCCUGCCGCCAGAAACGGUCCAUCCGAGGGGAUGGCCGGGUGCCUGGCGUCCAGGUGGGCAGGAGCUCUUGGAGCCAGACGGUCGUGUGCCGCGUCAGCCGCAGCUCCUUCUUGUCCUCGGCCUGCUGCUUCAUCGCACUGCAGACAGAUAGACAGACAGACAGAAAGACAGAGCGGAAUGUUCUGUGUCUUUCUUCGGGCGGGUGCAAAUGCCGGCUGGUUGUGUGCACCGUGAGUGCGUGCACUGACCGUUCUCUGGCCUCUAGUUGCAGCUGUGCCUUGUACCUUCGUUCGACCUCCUGCACCUCCUUCAUGUGCUUGACCGCCUCACGCGACGGCUUAGGCGGCAAAUUCGGAGGCCUGCACAGAGAAAACACAACACAACACAGACAGAUCACGCACACGCACAAGUCGCCUGCCCCCAGACACCAAGAUGGCUUUGUCUCUUGGCCUCUCCUCUCCCUCGCCCCUCACCUGAAGGUCUCAUAUCCGUCGAGCCCCUUCAUAGCGCUCUCCUCCAGCCCCCCACCGAUGCCCUGCUGCUGCUGCUGCUGCUGCUGGCCGGCGGCGGGCGUUGGGAACACGCCGCCUCCCCUCGGCUGCUCGCCAACCGCCAGUAGGAAGGGCGGCGACGGCACGCGCUGCGUGUCGUCAGAUCCGGGGUGGUUGGGGCUCGGCGGACAUGCAGAUGGGGGCAGCGAGGGCGACAUAGAGUCGGCCACCAGCACGGUUGGCAGGGAGUCCGACCUGGUGCAUGAGGGGGAGGGGUCCUGCUGGUGAUGGGCGUGGGGGUGGUACGGGGGCUGUUGCUGCCUCUUCGCCGCGGCCUCGGCUGCUCUCGUGAGGAGAGACUUGCGCGGGGGGUACUGGUGGAGGCCCAAAGGGAUCGGCCGCAGCUCGUGGCCGUCAGACUCCCUCUCGUUGUCGGACGAACAGCACAUGGCGUGGGGGCCCACCUGGGAGUCAGAGUACAUCCGUCUCGCCGUCACUUCACGCUUGCUGCCCGAGUGAGAGUGGUGGUGGUGGUGCUGGUUCCUCCUUGUGUGUCCUCUGUGCUGCAGCCCGUUGUGUCUCUCUAUGGCGUCGCCAUCGUCAGAAGUGUCCUCCUCGCCGAUAGAGAAGAACCCAUCAGAGUCCUCCCCUCCCUCAUCUCCCUCGCUCCCACUCGACGACUGCGGUGUCGUGUAGGCCUUCUCAUCAGCCGCCGGCCUCUGCGGCCGGGGGGACGCCCCAGGGCUGCUGGCCGCCGUCAGGAGAUCCUCAUCGCUGCUUUGAGUGGAUACCGUCACCAUCACAUAGUGCGGCCCGCAGGCCAGGUCGGCGAUAGUGGAGCCUUCGAAGGACGACAGACGGAAGGGCGGUGCGAUGGCGGUCAUGGGCUCCCUUCGAGGGUCGGUGAAGAGGUCAUACCCCCACACGUACACCGACCCGUCGGCGUAGGCCACCGCCGUGUGGUAGGGGCCGCACGCCGUGUGGCGGAGGCCACCAUGCUCCCGGUUCACAUCAGCAGAAGAGUCGAUGGCCACCUGCACAGGCGAUAUCGCGCUGUCAUGGUCGCUGGGAGGGAGGCCGAGCUGGCCGAGCUGGUUGGACCCGGCAGCGAAGAUGCGGCCGUCGGUGAGCAGGAGGACAGUGUGGUCGUACCCACACCGCACCGCCGCUAUGCCCACGUUGGCCGCGCCCCUUCCCCCGCCACCACCACCACCACCUGACGGCCAUGGCGGCACUGGCCACACACCGCCUGACGGUGUCUUGCUGGCCGUCACGGGAUGGAAAGGGUCAGCACGCGGGGUUGACGGCUCUGACGACGGUCCCUGGCUCGACCCCGCCAUGGUGGAGGCCUCCGUCUCGUUGACCGUUGCCGCAGACGACUCGCGUCUGUGCCGCUUGAAGCCCAGACGUGGUGGCGGGGGCGGGGGGCGGUGCAGCACCGCGUGGCUGGUCGGCGAGGCGCCGCCGAAAGGACUGCCAGAGUCGUGGUGGUGGGGUGACGACUGCCCCACUACGGUGGCCCUCCACCUCGCAGAGAGGGUCUUGCGCGAGGGUUGUGGAUGGUGAUGGUGGGGGGGCUGGGUCGACGAUACACCCGGUGGCUGUGCGGUGCCGGCACUGUUUGUUGGGCCUGUGAGACGAUAGCGGUGGAACGACACCAGCUGCGGCCAGGAUUGGGUGGUCUCGGAGGUCUCGUUGAAGAGCCGGCCGUCGAGACCACAGCCCCACGAGUAAAGGUCAUCGCGAACCGUCGCUGCAAUCCAAUCCACCACAACCAUGCCAUGCGUGAUAUGUGAGCACCCUGUCUGUCUGUCUGUCUGUCUGUCUGUCGGUGUCUGUCCUCUUUGCUCUUCCUCACCGAUACAGUGGUGGAAUCCACAGACGACGCUGCGCACCCUCCGGCCGACGAGCGAGUUGAGGACCGUGGGCUUCGACACGCGCUUCUGAAGCACCUCGGGGCCCAGCCCCAGACCACCUGAACCAACGACACAGACAGACAAGACAGCACAUCCACUCGAUCUAUACCUUCCUGCCUGCCUGCCCCGCAUUUCUCGGUAACUGACUGACUGACCGUAUCGUGACUCGCCCCACGAGAAAACUGCCCCAGUUUCCGACACGGCGAGGGCGAAUGUGCCGCCACACGCCACCUGCACUAUACUGUGCCGCUGCAGCGACAGCACCGGCUCCCAUCCAAAGGCCACGCCGGUCUCCUUCUGGCUGUGGCUGUGGCUGGUGUGGGGUGCCACAGACGGGCUGACGCACGGCGAGGGUGGCUCGGGUGCAGCACCACCACCACUGGCAGGUGACAUGUACCUCCACUGGUAGACGUCGCCGGAGCUGAGGACGGCGACGCUCUGGUUGAGGUGGUUGGCCACCUGCCUCACGUGCUUGCCGUACAUGGCGCGCAGACGGGCCAUGCACCGAUCCAAGCUCAAGUGGAACCGGACCGGUGGAUCGCCGGUGGCCCAAUCCCUCAGCUCCCUCGUGCCAGUGGUGGUGAUGGGGGUGGAGGUGGAGCCAACCUCUGAGGAAGCCUCACCAUCUGCAAUGCCGUUCGCUGUCUGCUGCUGCUGCGGCAGGUCCAGCCACUGGUCGGCUUGUUGGAUGCACCAAGAGUAGAUGUCGAGUGUCACAGCGCUUUGGCCGAAGUUGACGCCGCCGCAGGAUAUCCACCGGCAGGGCGGGGAGUCGAUGAGCAGAGUGGGCGAGGGGAGGCACAGGGCGCCCAGAUGGCCGAAACCAUAAGUCAGGUGGGACGCCGGAGGGCCUCUCGUGUCCUGCUGGUGGUGGGGAGGGGCCGAACGGUGCUCCAUCGCAUCACGAGCUGCUACCUCAGCACAUCUUGACAAGCGAACAUCUCAAUCGCCUCGUCCUUGACCUUUUGCUGCACUCACUGCCCA